AUCUUGUUCCAAGAGCACUGUUCUUUCUAUCUAUACCAUCAUAUAACACACAUCACCGCUUUAAAUUUUGCAAAACUCACUCGAUCAACGUACCAAAUCACCCGACACGCACUCAUAACCUCCGUUAAAUCCACAAAACAAAUUGCACUUAGAAUAACGCAACAUCAAUAUUUAAAAGUGAGAAAUCAAAGCUCCUCGUCUUUGCAGUCGUCUAGCGCCAAGAAGCAAGGAUAACGUUCUAGCUUUGGGACAUAGGCCGUUGAAGAUAUGAUCGAUCAGACGGGGCCUAGAUCUAAUCUAGCUAGCUAGCAAGUGACCAUAUCUUAUCCUUUGUAGCCAGUACCCACCAUGCCGCCGCCAUGCGUAAUGUGGCGUCGACGUCACAAUAUAUAGGGUAGCCCACCAGCUAGCCUCCGGUCGUGGCACGCCGGCCGGCCGGCCAUUGUUCGUUGGCAGCGAGAGUUGGAGCGACGGGCAAGCCAAUCCAGCAUGGGCGGCGGCGGCGGCGUGCAUCGGCGAGCGGCGGCGCUGCUCUUCGUGGUGGUGCUAGCCGCGGUGGAUCAGGCCGGCAAAAGCGUCUGCGAGGCGCAGCUCCGGCGCGGGUACUACGCCGGCGUGUGCCCCGACGUGGAGUCCAUCGUCCGCGGCGUGGUGGCCAGGAAGGUCCAGCAGACGGCAGCCACAGUCGGCGCCACCGUGCGCCUCUUCUUCCACGACUGCUUCGUCGAGGGCUGCGACGCGUCGGUGAUGGUGGCGUCGACGGCGAACAACACGGCGGAGAAGGACCACGUCAUCAACCAGUCCCUGGCCGGCGAUGGCUUCGACACGGUGAUCAGAGCCAGGGCGGCCGUGGACGCCGUGCCGGGGUGCCGCGGCAAGGUGUCCUGCGCCGACGUGCUCGCCAUGGCCACCAGGGACGCCAUCGCGCUGGCCGGCGGGCCGUCGUACGCUGUGGAGCUUGGUCGGCUGGACGGGCUGAGGUCGACGGCCAGCAGCGUCAACGGGAGGCUGCCGGCGCCCUUCUUCAACCUGGACCAGCUGAGCCAGAUGUUCGCCGCCAACGGGCUGUCGCAGGCCGACAUGAUCGCCCUCUCAGCCGGGCACACGGUGGGGCUGGCACACUGCGGCACGUUCUCGGGACGUCUGCGGGGGCCGUCGGCGCCGGACCGGACGCUGGACUCGGGGUACGCGGCGCAGCUUGCGGCGUGGUGCCCGGCCGGGGUGGACCCGCGGGUGGCCGUGGCCAUGGACCCCGUGACGCCCGUCGCCUUCGACAACCAGUUCUUCCGCAACCUGCAGGCCGGGAAGGGCCUUCUGGCGUCGGACCAGGUGCUGCACGCGGACCCUAGGUCCAGGCCCACCGUCGACGCGCUGGCCCAGAGCAGCGUGGCGUUCGAGCGGGCCUUCGUGGAGGCCAUGACGAAGAUGGGCCGCGUCGGCGUCAAGACGGCCCGGGACCGGCAGGGCAACGUCCGCCGCGACUGUGCCGUGCUCGGCUGAUUAAUUAAUAAUACAGACAGGCCUUUCGAUGUUUUUAUUCAGUUUGCUCCGGACUUUUUAACGUACGUGCGUACGCACGGCGGAUUGCCACAUGCAUGCACUGAUACGUAUCUAUACGUAUCGGAUCGUGUCGUCUACUACUACAGCUGGGUACGUACGUCACUGGUGAAUUGAAGUUUACACGUAGCUAGAUUGAUUGAUUA